UGUGUGUGUGUGCUUAAGAUUUUAGUGUACUACGGCGUGUUUGCGGCAUGAGUUUACCGUCGGGCGUGGAUAUGCAGAAUCUAAUGUCACAGCAUCCGGUGCUGGGCGCCCUGCCGCCCGCCUUUUUUCUGCGCGCCGCCUCGGAGCGUUAUCAGCGGACACCAAAAUGUGCGCGGUGUCGCAAUCAUGGCGUGGUCAGCGCCCUGAAGGGUCACAAGCGCUAUUGUCGCUGGCGGGAUUGCGUCUGUGCGAAAUGCACGCUGAUUGCGGAGAGGCAGCGCGUGAUGGCCGCACAGGUCGCGCUGCGACGCCAGCAGGCGCAGGAGGAAAACGAGGCGCGUGAACUGGGACUGCUGUACACCAGCUCGGUGCCCGGUUCGGGCCAGCAGAACGGCGGCGAUAGCGUCACGCCCAACUCACACAGUCCCACACAUGUGGGUGGUGCUGGUGCGGCACCAGCACAAAACGGCGUAUUCCACGGCGGCAUACCCUCGCCGCCCAGCGAUGGCUACGAGGCGAGCCCCACGCCCAGCCAUCAGCACCAGCACCAGCCGCCGCAACAGCAGCAGCAGCAACAGCAGCAGCGGCAGUCGCAGACGCAGCAUUACAAUGGCAAUGAAUCCGACACGGAUGGACGCACACGUUCCGAGCACCUGAGCGUCGGUUUCUCACCCACACGCACCGAGCUGGACGAGAGUCCGGUUUCCAAGCGCGGCCUGGCGCAUUCAAAUGAAACCGAUCAGGACACGGGCUCCGAGUCCGGCUCACCCAGCAGUCCCAGCAGGCCCAAGGUGGCCGGUCUAUUUAAUCUGACCUCCAGUCUGUCGCCCGCUCGCACCGGCCCGCCCAGCUCGCCGGAGUCCGAUCUGGAUGUGGACUCGGCGCCCGAUGAGGCCACACCAGAGAAUCUCAGCCUGAAGAAGGAGGACAGCAACUCGCCCCCGAACACACCCGCCGAGAAUCUGCACCUAUUACGCUCCUUUGGCAAUGGACAUGCCCAGGGCUUUAUGCCCUACCAUCACACGCAGUUCCUGGCCGCUGCGGGCCUGCCCACGCAUCAUCCGGCAGCGCAGACGUCCAUGCAGCAGCAGCAGCAGCAGCACUUGGGCCAGCAUCCACAUCAGCAGCAACAGCAGCAGCGCUCCCCGAUUGAUGUCCUGAUGCGCGUGUUUCCCAAUCGCCGCCGCAGCGAUGUGGAGCAUCUGAUGCAGCGCUUUCGUGGUGAUGUGCUCCAGGCCAUGGAGUGCAUGUUGGCUGGCGAGGACUUGACGCAGACGCCGCCGCCACCGCAGGUGCCCCCGUCGCCGCCGUUUCCCAUGAAGUCCGCCUUCUCGCCGCUGGUGCCGCCCGCGGUCUUUGGUUCGCCCACCCAUCCGCAUCGCUAUCAUCCGUUCAUGCAGGCGCAUGCCAAACGCUUCCUGUCCGCCCCCUAUGCCGGCACCGGCUAUCUGCCGGGCGUUUUGAGCAGCGCGGACAUUGAGCAGUCGGAAUCGAAUGGUGCCAGCGGCAUGGCCCUCGAUCGGAGCAGUAAUGCGGGCGACUCCCAGGAUUGAGGCAGCAGCAACAGCAACGCCGCCGAUGCGAGCGGUGUUUGCGUCUUUCGGCCCUUUGAGCCAUAGCUCCAACUCGUCCUGCCGCCAACCAGUUGAAUCUUGUUUUAGGGAAAUCGAACCGAAUCGUAGCCUAGCAACUGCUAUUUUCUUUAGAUCGUAAGCAUCGUAAUGUAGCACUGGCUAUGCAUGUAUUCCUAGAUACCCUACCCCAUAUACAUAUGUAUACCCCACUUAUAUUCUGUAUCUGCGGCAUGUUUAUCACUCGGAAGUAUUGUACCAUACGUUAAGAGCUCGUAAGAUACGUUUAGAUCAAAUUAACAUUAUUGAGAUUAUUGUGUAAAGAAUCAUAUAACUAUUGAGAUACCUAUAUGUAUAU